UCGCCGAGCUGACAGAAGAGAGGAAAUUCCCCUGGAACCUGUUUCUCUGCUUCCUGGCUCAGCUGGGGCACCCACUGGAGGGAGAGGCCGGGCCAAAGACCAAGGCUGGCCAUGGCCAUGGCCUCAGCCCUGAGCCCACCCCGGGUCCCCAAGCCCAAGGGCGCCCUGCCCUCACACUACCACGAGAGCUUUCUGGAGAAGAAGGGACCCCGAGACCAGAACAGAUCCCCAGAAGCUGGGCCAUGGAUGGGAAGGAAUUCCCUGAGAAGCCAACAUUUGUUCAAAGAUUCAAAGCAGGAUUACAAGAAGUUCUGGGCAGGCCUCCAGGGCCUGACUCUCUAUUUCUACAAUAGCAAUCGGGACUCCCAGCAUGUGGAGAAGCUUGACCUAGGGGCAUUUGUGAAGCUCACAGAUGAGGCUCCCUGGGGGAGCUCCCAUGAUCCUGGCACCCACUUUUGCUUGGUCCUGCGGAACCAGGAGAUCAAGUUCAAGGUAGAGAGCCUGGAGUCUCGGGAAAGGUGGAAAGGUUUCAUCCUGACAGUGGUGGAGCUCCGUGUGCCGUCCAACCUGACCCUGCUGCCCGGACACCUGUACAUGAUGGCCGAGGCCCUGGCCAAAGAGGAAGCACGCCGUGCGCUCGAGAUGCCCUCGUGCUUCCUGAAGGUGAGUCGGCUGGAGGCGCAAUUGCUCCUGGAGCGCUAUCCCGAGUGCGGGAACCUAUUGCUGCGGCCCAGCGGCGACGGCACCGGCGCCUUGUCGGUCACUACACGCCAGACACUCAACGGGACUCCGGUGGUCCGGCACUACAAGGUGAAGCGCGAGGGCCCCAAGUACGUGAUCGAUGUGGAGGAGCCGUUCUCCUGCACCUCAAUCGAUGCAGUAGUCAACUAUUUCGUGUCGCAUACCAAUAAGGCUCUGGUGCCCUUCCUGUUGGAUGAGGACUAUGAGAAAGUGAUAGGCUACGUGGAGGCGGAUAAAGAGAAUGGCGAAAGUGUGUGGGUGGCGCCCUCGGCCUCCUCUGCCUCCUCGGCCCCCGGCCCAGGUCCUGCACCCCUCAAAGGUGGCCCUAAGCAACUGCCUCCCAUGCCUGUGUCCAGCCAGGACAAGCUGCCCCCGCUCCUGCACCAGGACGAGAACUAUGUGAUCCCCAUUGGAGACACUCCAGCUGCAAACUACAUGAAUGAGGACGUGCCUUCCCCUAGUCGGCCAGUUGUUCUGAAGCCCAAGAAGCUGGCCAAGUUUCAGGCAAAGCCUCCAAAGCCGCCCAGUGUGCCCAGGCCAGAGCCCAAAGUCCUCCACAGUGGCCUGGCCAGGAAGCUGGCAGUCAGCUCAGCACAGGCUUUCUUCCCCACAACAGGGUCCAAUCACUCCUGCGGUGCGAAUCCUAGCCAUUCUCGCCACUUCUCCAGCUCUGGCUUCUCGACUCUUCUGAAACCACUUCCCCACGCUCCAGUGAUGCUUAGGCUCCUCCACGAACCCAGCAGCGCCUCGGGUCCUUUGAGGGAUUCAACUUCCUGCCCUGAGGAAUUUACUCUCUACAGAUUUUGCAAAAGGCCAGGUAGGUGAAGGGAUUCUAUCAGGAAUCCCAUGAUGGAGAAGUUUGAUGAAGAACUUUGAUAGUGGUGGUGGUUAUACAAAUCUACAACACAUGGGAUAAAACUGCACAUGGGAUUACACACGCACACAUGAUGAGUGCGUGUAAAACUGGUGAAAAGUGAAUUAACACUGCAGAAUGUCCACACAUCAGCUUCCUGGUUCUGACACUGAGCUCUAGUCAUGUAAGCUGCCACUACAGGAGAAAGCUAGGUAUAUACACACAAUGGAAUAUUAUUCAGCCUUAAAAAGGAAGGAA